UGUCUGCCUCUGGCCGCUUCAUUCUCCCACAAGAGUAAAAACUCGGCCCCAAAGCGGCGGAAUGAGCUCCCUCGUUCCCUCAGGACUGCUGAAUCCCUUGUACCACUCAGAAAAGCUCUCUAAACCCUCCCCACCUCCUGGAAUGUCCAGGAAUUUAUAACAACACUAUCUGAGGCGGUUAUCAGCAUAUUUCCUAUCUGAAACAUUUCUAUAAGCAGCUACUUGAGCGGGUUCGCACGACGUGAGAUUUCCGGGGGACCGCUUGAGCAACGCGUACCAGCGACGGUUUGAUCAGGCUGCGCGGAGCGCUGUCGAACGAUGCUUCGAUGAUCCAGCGUCUGUAUCUAAGGCUCUUUAUCUGUUACGCGCUGCGUUCUCGAACGCUCUGAACCGUGGGUGGCGGCGAGACAUCGAGACAUGGAGCUGAACGCGGUCGCAAGGCCCGAUCCAGGGGUGGAGACCACGGGUCUGAGCACCAUCUCGGGCUCGUUGCAGCGGUACGGGUCCGUGAGGGACGGCCCGGCGACGGCUACCACCUCGGUGCCCGAGACGGCUGCCGUCAUGCCCAAGCGACUGUACGUCGUGGUCGCGGUACUCUGUUACGUGAACCUACUAAAUUACAUGGACCGCUACACUAUUGCAGGUGUUCUUCUCAACAUCCAGAAAUAUUUCAAUGUUACUGACAGCCUGGCUGGACUGCUGCAGACAGUUUUCAUCUGCAGUUUCAUGCUGCUGGCCCCUGUUUUCGGGUACCUUGGCGACCGGUACAACAGGAAGAUUAUCAUGGUGGCUGGGCUGUGCAUCUGGACCUUCACUACCCUCGGAAGCUCUUUCAUCACUCAGUCGAACUUCUGGGUGUUCAUUCUGACGAGAGCUUUGGUCGGCACAGGAGAGGCCAGCUACUCCACCAUCGCUCCCACCAUCAUCGGGGAUCUCUUCUCUGGCUUUGAAAGGACCAUCAUGAUUGCUUUCUUCUACAUCUUCAUCCCCGUGGGAAGUGGCCUUGGAUACAUAGCAGGAUCUGCCAUUGCAAAUGCCACCGGGGAUUGGCACUGGGCACUACGGUCCUCCUCGAGGGGCUUCGGAAACCCAGGGAGCAGUCCAUCUAGAGAACACUCCUUACAUGGAAGAUGUCAAGUACCUCCUGAAGAAGUCAGUCAACACAGCACACACAUAUGUUCCACACCGCGAAAAACACGCUGCACGAUAAGAGGUUUCCUGGUUCCUGUCUGUUUGUCCUUGCUGUUCUCCAGUCGGAGUUUCGUGUGGUCCUCGCUGGGGGUCACCGCCAUGGCCUUCGUGACGGGCGCCUUGGCCUUCUGGACGCCGGUCUUCCUGUAUCGGGCUCAGGUGAAACAGGGACGAUGCCGCCCCUCCUCCGAGGAUCCGUGUAACACCGAAGACAGGAAUUCUGGGAGUCGUCAUGGGGACGUACAUUUCCAGAAAGCUGCGACACAGGUUGCCCAAUGCCGAUCCUUUGAUCUGCGCGGUGGGCAUGCUCACUUCGUCCCCCUGCUUCUUCUUCGCCAUUGUUCUGGCCGACAGGAGCAUCGCAGCCACUUAUGUGUUUAUUGCAGUUGGAGAGACGUUGCUUUCGCUGAACUGGGCGAUACUCGCCGACAUCCUCCUGUAUGUUGUCAUACCGACGAGGAGGGCGACAGCCGAAGCCCUGCAGAUUAUGGUCUGCCAUCUCCUUGGCGACGCAGGAAGCCCUGCCCUUCUGGGUUUGAUUUCGGACGCAGUGAGCAGGUCCAACCCCGACUCUUACAGCUGGAUGUUCCGCAGCCUCGAGUACAGCUUCCUGCUGUGUCCCUUCAUAGGGGUCCUGGGGGGCAUGUUCUUCCUCCUGACCGCCCUGUACAUCGCAGAGGACAGGAAGGCCGCGCAGAUGCUGACCGCAGGAAAAGCUCCCGUUUUAGGACAAACUCCUGUUUCAGGACAAAUUCCUGUUUCAGGACAAGAUCCCGUUUCAGGAAAAAAUCCUGUUUCGGGACAAGAUCCCCUUCCAUCGGUGUCAACCUGCCACCCCAUCCACCUGACCUCGGAGGCAUGACCACAAAAGAGCCAGCUGUGACCUGGUCAGAAGCCAACUGGUGUGAUCUGAACCAAACUCAAACCCAAUACUUGUCAGGUGCUCAGUGAGCUGUGAGAUGCUGCUCCAAAAGCUGGUCAGAGUAGAAGUUUUAAGUGGAAAAACAUGUGGCUAAAUCCUCAUCAGAUUUACAGUCUGCUUGAAUUCAGCUUGUAAUCAAUGUUGACAAAAGCCUUUUCUGCUUCUCUUCAAAUACAGUUUUUUUUAUUUUUAAAUUUAUCUCUGGGGGGUGUGGUGGCGCAGUGGCACAGUGGGUUGGA